AACGCAAACGAAAAAACCAACCAGAAUCAGAAGAAGGAAAAGCAGUAAGGCAGAGAGAGAUAGAGACAGAGAGAGAGAUAGCAGUUGGGGGAGGCGAAAUUUAGAUGACGAUGGACAGAGAGAAGGAAAGAGAGUUAGAGCUAGAAAGCGCAAUGUACACCAACUGUUUGCUGUUAGGUCUGGAUCCGAACAUAAUCGGACUCGGAGCAUCCAACGGUUCUCCUCGGGUCGGGCUCUUCCGUCACUCGAACCCUAAAUUGGGCGAGCAGCUCCUCUACUUUAUCCUCUCAUCUCUUCGUGGCCCUGUUCAAUCCGCCAAAGAUUUCGAUAAGGUAUGGCCGAUUUUCGAUUCUGCACAGUCGCGUGAUUUUCGUAAGGUUGUUCAAGGGAUUAUUAGUGAGCUCGAAUCUCAAGGGGCGCUUCCAAGGAGCAAUUCGAGGGUUUCAUCUCUGGCUACUUGUUGUGGACCGAGAUUUGUUGAACUUUUGUGGCAACUUUCCUUGCAUGCAUUGCGAGAGGUUCAUAGACGGACAUUUGCUGCUGAUGUAGCUUCCAACCCAUUGCCUGCUUCACUAACUGAUGUCGCUUUUCAGCAUGCAGCUACACUGCUUCCUGUAACAAAGGCUAGAAUAGCACUUGAAAGAAGGAGAUUUCUUAAAAAUGCAGAAACAGCAGUGCAGAGACAGGCAAUGUGGUCCAAUUUGGCUCAUGAAAUGACCGCAGAGUUUCGUGGUCUUUGUGCUGAAGAGGCUUAUUUGCAGCAAGAACUGGAAAAACUGCAUGAUCUGAGGAACAAAGUGAAGUUGGAAGGAGAGUUAUGGGAUGAUCUUGUAUCAAGUUCUAGUCAGAAUGCCCAUUUAGUUUCAAAGGCUACUCGAUUGUGGGAAUCUAUAUUGUCUCGUAAAAGUCAACAUGAAGUUCUUGCUUCAGGUCCAAUUGAGGAUCUAAUAGCUCAUCGAGAGCAUAGAUACCGCAUCUCUGGAUUGGCUUUGCUCUCAGCUAUGGAUCAGAGUUCUCAAAUUCCUUUGUCAGAUGCUCAUUUGGAUGACAAAGAACAAAGUGAUGGGUCAAAUGCAAAUCGGGAAAAGCUGAAGAACAAUUUAGAUUCGUCCCAUCUACAAGUAAAUGACGAAAGACAUUCUUGGGUGGAUGAUAGAGGUGGAAGAGUGCACCCUACUGUUGAUGUUGCAGAAAUCAUUAGGCGUUGGACUCAUGCAUUGCAACGUAUUCAUAAACAGUCGCUUCAUCUGGCCAAAGCUAAUGAUGGAGAAGGUCCUGAUUUAUUACGAAGUGCAAAUGAUGGUGGCGCAAGUGGCCACACGGAGUCCUUAGCUGCAACUCUUGCAGAGCAUCAACAACACCUUGCUAGUUUUCAGGUGCUUAUUAAUCAACUUAAGGAAGUUGCUCCAGCUAUACAAAAGUCCAUAGCUGAUUGCACAGAGAAAGUAAAUAAUAUAUCCUCCACCAUUCCAUCAAUGCCCAGGCAUCGUGGUCGAGCAACCUCACCUAUACAGGCUCAGAGCAGCGGAAGGACCAUGGAAAGUAGCUCGGAUGAUAUUGCUGAGGUGACUUCAAAAAUGUCCACCAUUCAGCUUGACAAGGUGUCUGCCAGUCCCCCUACAUUAAAACUGCCACAAUUAUUCAGUUUGACUCCAAAUUCUUCAGGAAAAGGUGGAAACAUGCAAAAAAGACAAACUUUAGCUCCCCAAACCAACCAGAUGGAAACAAUGUCUGAAAGAGACUCUCUUGACCAGCCUUUGUUGAAUAGUCGCAUAGAAAACACAGCGCAAGAUAGUGAUAAUUCUUAUGUCCAAAACUUAAAAAGAUCUGUAAGAGAAGCAGCUCUAUCUACCCAAUCCUUGAAUUCAGAAUCAGCUCACGAGAGUCAUUCUGAUGAAAGUUCUGAGCACUUCUUCUUACCUCUAUCUGCGGCUGGGUUUUCUCGCCUGGGCCUGGAAAACAAAGUGGGUACAAGAAGAAGCAAAAGAUUAUUUACACCUCAAAAGGACAUGUCCCUACUUGAGAAUCACACUCCCGAUGAUCAUGUUGGGAGCAAAUACAAUGAUCUACCGGACAUUUUAAGUGAUUUGGAUUCCCUUUCUGAUUAUGAACAUGUAAAUGGCUUCCUCUCAGCUGCUGGCUCAAAUGGUGUAAUGUUGGAUGGACAAAAGUCCUUUUUUGAUUCUGAGGAACCUCAUGAUCAGGUCUUCUCACCUCCUUUGCUAAUGGACACAUCCCUUUUAGCGGAUUCAUAUGAGGAUUUACUUGCUCCGCUGUCAGAGACUGAAACUGCCUUAAUGGAACAUUGAAAGUGCUGUUUCAACGAUUAGGUCAUUUUGAUGGUUUUCUUUUGAUUCAUUGAUUGGGAUGUUCUCCACGCCCACUAAUUUGUUGACGGAUUGUGCUUUAUGCGUUCCUUCUUCCUCUUCUGUACGUUUCUGACCUCAUUUUGCACACAAUUGUUAUCCUAUCAUUUGGGGGCAAAUGUAGACCAAACCAGUGCUAUUAUACAUGUGGGACAACGCCUGGAACCAAGCUGGCGGAUUCAUUUAGCAACUCAGUGGAAGGAUUUUAUAGGCCACAAGCCACAGUCAAUCAGAUUAUUAUGCUAAUUCUUAUGGAUGGUUUGUUUAUGGACAAUUCUUCAACCCAUUCUUUGUCUGAUGGAUAUGAGGCUGCAAGUUUGCACUCCAUUGUAUGGCUCCAGGUAACGCCGGAGAUUGAUUGUUGAUGAGCUGAUCCUUGUGUAUUUGAUAUGUGUAUAGCAAGGGAUUUGAUUGUGUAUUUAGAUAAUUGUUCAGCGGUAAAAAAAAAAAAAAAAAGAAAAUUAUUAUUUGCUUGUUUUUAUUUAUACUUCUAUAUAGGAAUUAUUCUCUCUCUCUCUCUUUUUCCCCAAUGAUUCAAUUAGGAGUUUGCUUUCUCCUCUCUGAACUUGACUUUGUGCCUUGAUGUGAUAUUUUUAAAUAAACUAUCUGUUAUUAGAAUCAA